UUUUGCAACUUUGAUAGCAGCCACCAUUCUUACGUUCUAAAGGAAACGUGACUCUUUAGUUUGGUGUGUCACGUGACUCCCGCUCUAGUAUUCUGCUUGACAUACUGUUCUUGCUCCAUCCCCUGUUGCUGCUGGUUCAACAGUAUGCGGUCUGUCUUAGGUUUAAUUUUGGUAAUUAUUGGGGCGACUUUUUACCUAUAUUUGCUCUCUACCUACCUACCCCCAAUUCGCCGACAGGUUCGACUACAAAAUGAAGACGCGGAGCAAUCUCAGAAUGAAGGAGAGAAUCAGGAAAUCUUCAAAACAGUGGAAUACAGGUUGAAAUUCCCGUCGGACCUGGAGGAGCUCAAGGAGUUGGCUGAACUCCUUCAGUUCUACAGGACGGAGCACACAUCUUACGUGCUGCUCCUUUUCUGCAGUGCAUACCUCUACAAGCAGUCAUUUGCUAUCCCUGGCUCCUCAUUUCUGAACAUCCUGGCCGGAGCUUUGUUCGGGCCAUGGCAAGGGCUGCCGCUGACCUGUGUCCUCACCACGGUGGGGGCCACAUUCUGUUACCUCCUUUCUCAAGCCUUUGGCAAGCGGCACAUCAUAAGACUCUUUCCAGACAAAGUAACCAUGCUUCAGAAAAAGGUGGAGGACAAUAGGAACAGCUUGUUGUUCUUUUUGCUUUUCCUUCGAUUUUUCCCCAUGAGUCCAAAUUGGUUCUUGAACAUGACGGCACCGGUUCUCAACAUCCCUGUCACGUUAUUUGCUCUCUCCAUCUUCAUAGGAUUGAUGCCGUACAAUUUCAUCUGCGUCCAGACGGGCUCCAUGCUGUCUGAGCUGACCUCGCUGGACGACCUGUUCACCUGGGGCACGGUGCUGCAGCUGCUGGCUAUUGCCUGCGUGGCCCUCCUCCCCGGGGCUCUGAUCCGCCACUACAGCCAGAGCCGCCUCAAGCUGGACGGCGUGGAGCAGAACGGCGUCAGCCACGAGCGCAAGGACAGAUAAAAACAACGUCCCCCCAGUGAUGACCAUCAUCACUACGACGACGACCAACGCCAGCACCAGCACCAGCACUGGACUGCCACACACACAGUGUUUUUUUUAAACGUUUUUAUAUGAGGGAAAGACUGAAAGUGAACGGAAAGUGUUCACUUCGGGGUCUGUGGCUUAACGUAUGUUUGAGUCUGGCGAGGGUCAACCGCUGGGCGCCAGUGGUGAAAAUGAGAAUAUGCUCUAACACACUGCAGAUGUCCACAGUGUGGAUUAAUGAACCUGUGCCUCCAUAGGAGCUUUGGCCAUAAAUGUGAUCUACCCAGAUUUGACAGAAAAUGUUGUAUUUCAGUGUGUAAUGGGUCGUUCACACCAGGAACGAUGACUAUGAAGAUAACCGUAGCGAUCCGAGUGUCCACACAGGCCAAUGAUAAGGGAAGUCUUUUGUUAAUGAAUGUUAUGUCUAAAAUUUGACAGAUUUGAUGUUAGCUUUUUAUCCUUCUUAAAGUAACUCUGAAAAUGAUCCCCAAUGAUAUGGUUCUUCAUGUUGUUAUUAUAAUUUAUGUGUGGAGUGGAAGUGUAAAUCAUAUUAGCUAGAGCAAUAGUUAUCAUUCUUGGUGUGAAUGACCGUUAAGACUGGCAGAACAUUGAAGGUGACUGUUUGAAUUUCGAUAAUCUAAAUGACAAUCAUUUGAUGUAGGCUUUGUGAAUCUGUUCCGUGACAAGUGACUAAAGCACUCUUAUUUAAAUCACAGGCCUUGAUGUCUGACCGAACCAGUUUCCUUAAAACUUUUGUUUUUACCUGAGAGUCAAGUAUCAAGACACUUGCUGAAUUUUUAAUGAACUAGCCAUUGUAAUAGGAAACCCACACCUGAAGGUGGAAUUGAGGUCCAGGUUUGCGUGAAUUACUUGACAUUGGUUCUCCCAUGGCUGAUAGAGAGGGUAUGAAUGCAAAAUACAUACUGCACCCAACAUACUUGUUGGUUGUUCAAUUGCAAAUAGAAAGAACGAAAAUGUAUGUAUUUUGUAUGCUAUAAUGUAUGCUGAAGGGAUUGCUUUUUAGUUGGAUCCAAAGCAGUUGGUAUUAGUCUUUGGGGUCUUUGUAUUAAACUGCCAUUGAUAAUAUAUGUUCAGAUAUGUAAGUGCCUCCUGGAUCUAAUUUGUGAUGUGUUUAUUAUAUAAAAAAAAGGGAUCUACCUCCAAAUUAAAAUGUAAUAUGUCCUCUUGUAAUAUGAUACAUUUGUAUUUUGGGUUUGUGGGUGAUUUUUGACUCCGUGUGUAACUACUUCAUGAUGCAUAUGUGGUCUCUGGAUCCAUUUAGCAGUGUUCUUUUGUGUGUGUGUGUGUUCAUCUAACACACAAGAACAUAAAGCAAAUGUGCUUUUU